GCGCGGGCCUGGCCAUUCGCGACCCGGAGCUGCGCGGGCGCGAGUGAGCAGGGCUACCGGGUGGGCGGCGGACGCGGCGGCGCCCCGCGCAGGCUGGAGGCCGCCGAGGCUCGCCAUGCCAGGAGCGCUCUAGCUGUCCCAUGGAGUCGGCCGACUUCUACGAGGCGGAGCCGCGGCCCCCGAUGAGCAGCCACCUCCAGAGCCCCCCACACGCGCCCAGCAGCGCCGCCUUCGGCUUUUCCCGGGGUGCGGGCCCUGCGCAGCCCCCUGCUCUACCUGCAGCCCCAGAGCCGCUGGGCGGCAUCUGCGAACACGAGACGUCCAUCGACAUCAGCGCCUACAUCGACCCGGCCGCCUUCAACGACGAGUUCCUGGCAGACCUGUUCCAGCACAGCCGGCAGCAGGAGAAGGCCAAGGCGGCCGCGGGCCCCGCGGGAGCAGGGGGCGACUUUGACUACCCGGGUGCCCCGGCGGGCCCGGGCGGCGCCGUCAUGUCCGGGGGUGCGCAUGGGCCCCCGCCCGGCUACGGCUGCGCGGCGGGCGGCUACCUGGACGGCAGGCUGGAGCCCCUGUACGAGCGCGUCGCGGUGCCCGCGCUGCGGCCGCUGGUGAUCAAGCAGGAGCCCCGCGAGGAGGACGAGGCGAAGCAGCUGGCGCUGGCCGGCCUCUUCCCCUACCAGGCGCCGCCGCCGCCGCCGCCGCCGCACGCCCACCCGCCGCCCGCGCACCUGGCCGCCCCGCACCUGCAGUUCCAGAUCGCACACUGCGGCCAGACCACCAUGCACCUGCAGCCCGGCCACCCCACGCCACCGCCCACGCCGGUGCCCAGCCCGCACUCGGCGCCCGCGCUCAGCGCCGCCGGCCUGCCCGGCCCGGGUGGCGCACUCAAGGGGCUGUCGCCUGCGCACCCCGACCUCCGCACGGGCGCGGGAAAGGCCAAGAAGUCGGUGGACAAAAACAGCAACGAGUACCGGGUGAGGCGCGAGCGCAACAACAUCGCGGUGCGCAAGAGCCGUGACAAGGCGAAGCAGCGCAACGUGGAGACGCAGCAGAAGGUGCUGGAGCUGACCAGUGACAAUGACCGCCUGCGUAAGCGGGUGGAACAGCUGAGCCGCGAACUGGACACGCUGCGGGACAUCUUCCGCCAGCUCCCGGAGAGCUCCUUGGUCAAGGCCAUGAGCAACUGCGCGUGAGGCACGCGGUGGCGGACCGCCCUAGGCCGGCCUUUGGCGGGGACCCGGGGAGUGGUUUCGGGUCGUCGGAUCUCAAGGCUGCCCUGCCGUGUGAGCCAGGACUAAGACAUUCCAGUGCCACCUGAAAACCUGGCCUGCUCUGCGUGUCCUUUCCCUUUCUCUGAGCCGAACUCGGUGCGUUUAAGAUGAGGGAAUGAGACGUGGUUUCUCCCUCAGACGGGAGAACUCUUGGGGCCGAGCUCUAGUGUUGAGGAAUAACCUUGUGCCUUGGAAAUGCAAAUUUGCUCUGAUUCCUACCGAGUAGGGGGAGCGAACACGUGCCUUGAUAUUUUAUUUGGAGGGAGGGUUCCUGCCUCCUCUGAGGCUGCAGGAAGCCUCCAGCAGAGAAGGUGGGGUGUUGGCCCAUGGGGAAGCUGAGAUCCUAACCAUACAGCCCCAACCACACCUCUGUGCCUGUUCACAGAAGGGAGGAAUUUAAAAAGUUGGGCCUUCGAACUUAAGAUUUUCCCCCUCACUCUACACGGAGGUGGUGGGGCUGAAAUGUCUUCUUUCUCCCACCUCCACCCCCACCCCAUGUCUGCCUACAACAGGCUGGUCUUCUUGGGUUCACACUCACCAGGUGACUAGCUGGAGACUCCCACCCCCUGUCCCACCGGAAGGCUAGGUCCUGAGUUAAUCCUAAGGCCUUGUGUUCUGGGGGGUUGUGGGCUGGUGGAAGAGGUAAGCUGGAGAUGUGGUCUUGGGGUGGGAGGGUAGAGGGAUACUGGGACCAUCAGCCCUGUCUGUACUGUAUGUUGCCAGCAUUGCCGUACAAACAUGAAGCACAAUCAGUCCAUCCCAGAGGGACCGGAGUUAUGACAAGCUUUCCAAAUAUUUUGCUUUAUCAGCCGAUAUCAACACUUGUAUCUGGCCUCUGUGUCCCAGCAGUGCCUUGUGUAAUGUGAAUGUGCACGUCUAUGCUAAACCACCAUUUUAUUUGGUUUUUGUUUUGUUUUGGUUUUGCUCAGAUACUUGCCAAAA